GGGCUGGGUCCCUGUUCCGCCCCGCGGCCUCGGCCCGGCCCCGCGGGCUGGUGUACGAGCGGCACGGGGAGCCGGCCGACGUGCUGCAGUUAAAGGACCUAGAGCUUGGAGAACUAGGUGGUUCUGAGGUCCACGUUAAAAUGCUAGCUGCCCCCAUCAAUCCAUCAGACAUCAACAUGAUCCAAGGGACUUAUGCCCUUCUGUCUGACUUGCCUGCAGUAGGAGGAAAUGAAGGUGUUGGAGAAGUAAUAGAAGUUGGCAGUCAUGUGACUUCUUUGAGGCCUGGUGAUUGGGUAAUCCCAGGAGAUGCAGGACUUGGAACGUGGCGAACAGAUGCAGUCUUCACAGAGGAAAAGUUGGUGAAACUCCCAGGUGACAUCCCUGUGCUCUGUGCUGCCACUCUGAGUGUCAACCCCUGCACAGCCUAUCGGAUGCUGUGUGAUUUUGAGACCUUGGGGCCCGGUGAGUCUGUUAUCCAGAAUGCAGCCAACAGUGGUGUAGGACAGGCUGUCAUCCAGAUCGCAGGAGCCAUGGGGAUCAAAACAAUCAAUGUUAUCAGAGACAGACCUGACCUCCAAAAACUGGUAGAUAGACUGACGGUACUUGGUGCGGACUACGUCAUCACAGAAGAGAUGCUGAGAAAGCCAGAGAUGAAAGAAUUAUUUAAGAAAGUCCCAAAGCCCCGGCUGGCUCUGAACUGUGUUGGAGGAAAAAGUGCUACUGAGAUGUUGCGCCUUUUACAGCAUAAAGGGACCAUGGUUACAUAUGGUGGAAUGGCAAAACAACCUGUGACUACCCCCGUGAGUGCAUUAAUCUUCAAGGAUGUGAAGCUACGUGGGUUUUGGAUGACCCAAUGGAAGAAAGACCAAGCCCACAACAAGGACAGACUGACUGGAAUGAUUCAGACUUUGUGUGAUCUUAUUCGUAAAGGGCAGCUCAGUGCUCCAGCCUGCACAGAGAUUCCACUGAAGGACUACCAAAUAGCCAUAGAGGCUUCCAUGAAGCCAUUCAUCUCAGCUAAACAGAUACUUGUUAUGUGAUCUUCAGCAAUGGAAUAUCAUCUUUGUUUCCAGAGGAUUUUUAAGAGGGGGCUGAAUCAUAGUCAGUUCUGGUCAUAUCAGAGACCCUAUAACUGGCUCCCAGCUGGUUUCAAGGAUGCCACCUUCAGUGAUCUUGUCUCCUGAAGAGGAAGAAUCUCUAAAAUUUUGUCAGUUGAAUUCACUUGGAGAGUACAACAACCCACUCUGAAACUAUAUGUGUGCGCUGAACAUGACUCUUGGGAGCAAAUUAUCUGCUUUUGGAGCUGAAUGCUGUUGUUUCCUCAGCUGAAAUUAGUUUCAUUGAAAUAAAGUCAGUAGUUUCUAAGGGGCAA